CUAUAAAAAACGUUGUGAAGGAAGCCAGCACAGCCACCAGACACCUCAGGUGACCUGCUGAGGCUGUGAGCAAUAGCCCUGGAGAUGAAGGCCCUGCUCCUGACAGCCGUGCUCACCCUGGUCGCUGCCCUGUCCUUGGCCCUGGAACAUCAGGACAUCUCAGGGACUUGGUACGUGAAGGCCGUGGUGACUGACAAUGACCUGCAGAAGGACAACAGGCUCAGGAAGGUAUUCCCUGUGAAGGUGACAACCCUGGAAAAUGGGGACAUGGAAGUCACAGUCACCUUCAUGAAGGAAGAUAAAUGCCACCAGAAAAUAAUUAUGAUGCAGAAAACGGAUGAGCCUGGCAAAUACACAGCUGAUGAGGGCAGGAAGUUACUGCAAGUGCAGAAGCUGCUGGGGACAGACGACUUCGUGUUUUACUGUGAAGACCGGCACCAUGGGAGGCUGCAUCGCAUGGCAAAGAUCAUGGGUAGGAGUAAUGUCACGGCGGACCCCCAGGCCCUGGAAGAGUUCAAGAAAUUCGUGCAGCGCAAGGGGCUCCUGGAGGAGGCCAUCUUCAUGCCCACGCAGAUGGAAAGCUGUGUUCCUGCUCAAGGCUAGGGGAAGGGGACACCUCAGCUCCCCAGCACACAGGGCAGCACCACUCAGCUCCUCUGUCCUGUGCAGGGAUGUGAGAGGAGGUCCUGAGGCCCAGCCACAUGCACCUCCUGCACCUCCACUGCCCCUCUGCCCCUUCUCCUGCUUCUGCAUAAAGAGCUUCAGCAGUC